GUUUGUUUUUCUUAAGCAUCCUUCAGCCAUUAUGGACUCAACACAACAAAAUAUGUACGGACAUCAUCCACCCACCUCAUCACCACCACAAGCCGACUUUACAGCAGAGCCUCCAAAAGAUACAAAAGCACCUUGGCAAGCACCAAUUUCACCCAAAGGAGAAAGUACAUGGGAUCAUUCACAAGCUUCACGAGAACAUCCAGAAUGGUAUACAACCGCCCAUGGCACCACGGAUCGAUGGGAACAACAUCCUCCUCUUGAAGAACCUACUUCCACUGAACAACAACAAAAAAGAAAUCAUCACCGAAGACAAACUCAGGAUCAUCCGAGGAGGUUUAUGGAAUAUGGUCAUACUGUUCAACAUCCUCCUUCUCGACGCUCCAUUCAUCGUGAUCUCAAUAAUAUAUAG